AAAGCCGGGAGAGCGAGCGAGAGAGGGAGCAGGCAGCAGGCACAGGCAGCGGGCGGGCGGGCGGACGGACGGCACGAAGGGAGGGAGCGAGAGAGCAGUGAGUGAACCAGCGAGGGCGGCCGCGUCCCGAAAGCAGCCGACAUUCCCGCCUCCCUCUGACCCCCUCCCCGGAGCCCACAGCGCCUCCGGUCUCCAGCGGAGCGGACACGGCCCGGCCCGGCCAUGGCCUCGUUGCUGAAGGUGGAUCAGGAAGUGAAGCUCAAGGUUGAUUCUUUCAGGGAACGGAUCACAAGUGAGGCAGAAGACUUGGUGGCAAAUUUUUUCCCAAAGAAAUUGUUAGAACUUGAUAGUUUUUUGAAGGAACCAAUCCUAAACAUCCAUGACCUAACUCAGAUCCACUCAGACAUGAAUCUCCCAGUCCCUGACCCCAUUCUUCUCACCAAUAGCCAUGAUGGACUGGACGGUCCCACUUACAAGAAGCGAAGAUUGGAUGAAUGUGAAGAGGCCUUCCAGGGAACCAAGGUGUUCGUGAUGCCCAAUGGGAUGCUAAAAAGCAACCAGCAGCUGGUGGACAUUAUUGAAAAAGUGAAGCCUGAGAUCCGGCUGCUGAUCGAGAAAUGCAACACGGUCAAAAUGUGGGUACAACUCCUGAUUCCUAGGAUAGAAGAUGGGAACAACUUUGGGGUGUCCAUUCAGGAGGAGACAGUUGCAGAACUAAGAACUGUUGAGAGUGAAGCUGCAUCUUAUCUGGACCAGAUAUCUAGAUAUUAUAUUACAAGAGCCAAAUUGGUUUCUAAAAUAGCUAAAUAUCCCCAUGUGGAGGACUAUCGCCGCACCGUGACAGAGAUUGAUGAGAAAGAAUAUAUCAGCCUUCGGCUCAUCAUAUCAGAGCUAAGGAAUCAAUAUGUCACUCUCCAUGACAUGAUCCUGAAAAAUAUCGAGAAGAUCAAACGGCCCCGGAGCAGCAAUGCAGAGACACUGUACUGAGGCCAGGGCCAGGGCCAGGGGACUCUGUGAGUCUGGCUCAAGACCGACAUUGCCUUGGUUUGUUACAUGACUAUCGUGAUGGGGAAACUGGCUGGAAGUAGUAAUCACCCCUCUCUCUGUUUUUAGUUAGAGUCUAAUGAAACUCUCAUGUAGUUCUGU